CGCACAAUCAUUCUAAUAUUUAUGUUCUCAAAGGAGUCAGUCGCAUUUUAGAUGACAAAACAGUUUUGAGAGAAUAAGAAAGAGAAAUGGAGUUACCACAUCUUGGUGAACAUUGUUCAGAUUCCAGUUGUAAAAGACUAGAUUUUUUACCAAUGACCUGUGAUGCUUGUCAAAAAACAUUUUGUGGAGAUCAUGUAACCUACUCUAGUCACAACUGUACAGAAUCCUAUAAAAAGGAUAAUCAAGUACCAGCAUGUCCGUUAUGUAGUGCACCAAUACCUGUGAAACCAGGUGAAACACCUGAUAUUGUAGUUGGGCGACAUAUUGAUACAGAUUGUCAAUCAGAUCCAGCUAAAGAAAAAAGACAGGUUUAUACCAAUAAAUGUUCUGCUAAAGGAUGUAAAAAUAAAGAGCUCAUUCCAGUGAUAUGUGAAAAAUGUCGGAAGAAUUUUUGCCUUCGUCAUCGACAUGAACUCGAUCAUUCAUGUAAAGGUUUUGAAGGGAGUGGCAAAUCUGUGUCGAAUUCAGGGGCAGCGGCUUUAUCCCGGUUUAAUUUCUUCAGUAGCUCAAAUACAAACACAAAAACUAAAACCAAUUCAAAACCGCAACAAUCUUCACUCAGUAAUAUUGGCCGAGAUUUAAACAGAGAGAGACAGUCUCGUCAACAAAGAGGAGUACCGAUGACAACUCAAGCUGGAAUGUCAGAAGAUGAGGCAUUGGCUCGUGCUCUCCAGAUGUCUAUGGCCGAAUCAUCAGGGACAAAAACACAACCAACUUCCAAUCAAACUGGUAGUUUAAGUCAAGAAGAAGAAGAUCUCAUGCUAGCCCGAGCCUUACAAGAAAGUGAACAAGAAGCCAGGAAUCAGACACAGAGAACAGAAAAUAAAGAAAAAUUCUGUAUGUUAUCCUGACAAACUGUUCGUUAGUUUAGAAAAAUAAAUAAAAGUUUUAAAUUGUAAAGACAAAUAAUACUGACUGCCAUUUGUUUGUCAAUGCUUCCGUUAUUAUUAUAAGGUAUUAAAUCUCUUGGAUUUGUUUCAAAAUAAGGUAUUGAAUGACUAAAACACAGAUCCUAUUUCGUUUCAUUUUUUAUAGUUCAAAAUUUCGUUUUACUUGUCUUUACUACACUUGGAUCUGGAAGAGUUGUUACGUAACCUGCGUUCUGGUUGAUGCGAGGGAUUAGCCAAUGAAAUGGUGUGUUACGCGAGUUCUUGAUGUGCGGUGCAAGAACUGAGCCGCUAUAAACAUCAACGCUGAUUGGUUAAUCAAAUGUCUGGUGUCAUAGGGUCAAAAGCUGUUUGUUUGAUCCCUGACACAACCUUCCACUACAACCGGUCAUGUCUUUAUCUUUAUGCAGUGGAGGCCAUCGAAAGUAAAAAAAAAAAGAAUGAAACGAAAUAUAGAUCUGUAUGUUAAUCAGAUUGGUAUUGAAUUAGGUUGUAUACAGAAGUAGGCUGGUUUAUUCAUUUUAGUUUCAUUUUUUACUCACACAAAAUCAGUUAUAUCUUAACAUUGAAAUUUUUAUCAGAAACAGAUUGUCACACCACUAAACAAAUCAACAAAUAAAACCCAAUAAAUUAAAACUCACAAUUUUAUAUUUAACACGAUAAAAGCAGUCUGACUAUUUUAUGGUCAGUUUAUGGAAUGAAAAACAAAAAUGUUAUGUGUUUUUAUUAUUCUCGUAAUUAAGUGUUGAAACGUUAAAGUGCUUUAUCUUUUUAUUGCUAAAAAAUCUUUCGUUAAAGCAAAGAGCUAAAACAUACACAAGAACGAGCGCGGGCAACGUUUUUAAAUGUGCAUGUUAAAAUUGGCCUAUCGUUUGUACCAAAUUAUGUGAAUAUCUUAUUAUUGUUAAGUGUCUUAUAUUUAUUUGUUCUUCUGUCAUGUUCGUAUUUUGCUCAUUCUACUUGAUAGGAUAUCACACUUUAUAUUGCCUUAAUAGAUUUAAAGAGUCGUUAGUACUUUCAAGUCCUUCAACAAAUCGCUAAAAAAUAAAUUACGCCUUUUAGUGAUUUGUUAAUAUUAAAUAGAUUGCAUGUAAAAUUUGAGUCCUAAUCUGCAAAUCCACCAUUCUGUGAGAGGUGUUUUCAUUAGUUGGUGGGUAUGCUCGUGAACAAUGCCAGCUCUUAAAUAUGCCAGUUUUUAUAAAAUUAGCAAUGCCUAGGUUUAUUUCGCAUAUUAUAGUAUAUAAAAUUAAUUGUUGAAAGUAUUAAUUCCUCUUUAAGAUUGUGAUGAUGUCUACAUUUUUAAAUAUUCCCUGAUUGUACGUGACAAGGAGUAGGGCACCUGUCCAACCUCGUGGGUUUUCUCCAGGUCCUCCGGUUUCCGCCCACUGCUAAAGACCUCUACAUGCAAGUGAACUAUUGAAAUAAAAUUAAACGAUAUGUUAAUCCCGAAAUGACCUAUUUCUUUAAAUUUAACCAUGAAAGAAAGAAACCUGUUUUUAUAUUAUUAUUAUUAUGUGAUAAGUUCUGAUGUAUUUGUGCAAUUUUCUGAUAUAUUUAAUAUGUGAAAUUGUAUAUAAAAUAUAUAUAUAUAUAUAUAUUAUUUGUUAAUCAUUGUAUUGUACAUGAUUUAACUUUUAUCUUAUUAAAUUUAUCUUAUAAUUAUA